GUCAUCAACCCUCAUCGCAUUCAGGAUCAGACAUGAAGUAGUCACAUUCGAAAUGUAUGGAAAGCUGGGGGAAUGCAAUGCAGUCAAUCGACAGCACACUGCGCCUAACCCGUUAAAAGCAACUGUUUUUCUGAAGGAGUCCGUCCAUGCGAAGCCUAGGAUUGUUCUUACUUCCGUGUGUUGUCGCGGUUGUGGUGCAUAUCUUGCUGGUGACAGACAGAGCCGCCUUUUUGUUGGAUUUCAAGGUUUCAGAUGAAGCCUCCGCUCACGAGGUGUUGGUGGGAGUUUUAUCUGCCAGGCAUCACCAUGACCUCAGGCAGGCAAUAAGGGACACUUGGUCUGGUUACCUCAGGGAACAUCCUCUGUUCCAGAAUCGAGUACAGGUCAAGUUCAUCAUUGGGCAACAUGGCUGCCCGAUACCAGAGGAGGACAGGGAGGAUCCAUACUCCUGCUCCCUGUUGAAUCUCACAGAGAAAGCGGCAGGGGAGGAGAUGGCGAUACUGAGCGUGCCCGAGGCCUCGGCCCUCAUCCCCGCUGCGGACGUCUCCGCCGUCAGCCUGGACUUCAAGGUGUGGCACCCGGUGGUCAUCACGCAGCUGGGCGUGUUCACCAACAGCCCGCGCCAGGAGUUCCGUGGCAACGUCACCGUCAAGCUCUUUCAGGUGGACCAGGAGGAGGCGGUGGUCACGGCCAGGUUCAACACCGCCAGUCCAGGAACGUGCGUGAAUAGAGUGUGCUACAAGCCCGUGGAACAGUUCAUCCUGCCCAAGGGCUUCGAGGGGACUCUACUGUGGGAGAGUCAAGAUCUGCCUGGCCUGACCAUAGUCAAUGUGUCCAGAGUCCAGCUCAACGAUGGCGGUGGGGUCCUCAAACUAGGCUCUAUUGAGGAGGGUACCUUACCUCACAGAAGUGCUCUUGGAUUCCCAGGACUGGCUGGAGGCUUCACUUUCUCUGUGUAUGACUCUGAGGCCCUGUCUGAGAUGCUCCGGGGCCGCCCUGCUCGUCUGCGCUCCCACCUGGACACGGUGAGGGCCGAGGACACGGUGCUGGAGCAGGAGAGCCAGCAGCACGGGGACCUGGUGUUUGUGGACGUGGUGGACACCUACAGGAACGUGCCUUCCAAACUGCUGCAGUUCUACAAGUGGUCGGUGGGAAACGCUGACUUCAGUCUCCUCCUGAAGACAGAUGAUGAUUGUUACAUCGAUGUGGACGCUGUAUUAAUGAAGAUUGACCACAAGGGCCUAAAACGAAACAACUUCUGGUGGGGAAAUUUCCGUCAGAGCUGGGCAGUGGACCGCACGGGGAAGUGGCAGGAGCUGGAGUAUGCCAGCCCGGCGUACCCAGCCUUCGCCUGUGGCUCUGGGUAUGUGGUCUCCAGAGACCUGGUGGAAUGGCUGGCCAGCAAUGCGGGGACGCUCAAAGCCUAUCAGGGGGAAGAUGUGAGCAUGGGUAUAUGGAUGGCUGCUGUCGGCCCUCGUAAAUACCAGGACUCAGGUUGGCUCUGUGAGAAGGAGUGCUAUGUGGACAUGCUGUCCUCCCCCCAGCAUACAGCCGAAGAGCUGCGCUCCCUGUGGGAUCGCAAGCGGGCCUGCGGAGACCCCUGUGGAUGUCCCUGGGGGUACCACUGAGCCCCCCACCUCUCCGCCCCAACAUCUCUCACCCCGCCGCCACGGACGCUUCUUUCACUCCGCUUCACUGUGGAACACGACCCGAGACGACCAGCUGUUCUCCUCUUGCUAGAAUGUUCUGUGCGCGCUGGAAAAAAACGAGGGCAUCGGAAGUUCUUAGAGCAGCCAAGUGGAACGGCUCGAUUCUGAGAGAUUGCAGGUCGGGAUGCAGGGUGCUACUUUUCACCCGUCACCGCUGUCUGCUCGCUCAACGUUUAAAGACAUAAUUAUUUUUGUAGGACAAAGACGAGGGUUCAAAGGAUCCAGAGAUGGGUGGCUGUGAGAGUGAAAGGUUUAUCUGUACUGCACGAAUGUUAACACCUUUUCAGUCUGAAUCCCUGGCUGCACUUUGACUUGACUCUUCCUCUUUUUCUAUUUGUUAAGUCUUCUUUCUGCUACCUGUCUGCUCACUCGGCUAUUUCUAGAAGUGUCACAUCACGUCUGAAAAGAAAGGAAACACUACAUUUGUGAAGUUACUGAGCCGCUCUCCUAUCCUCUUAGUGUGGUCUUAUGUGUUUGUUUGAUGCUAACUUUAAGCGACUGAGAACUCAAAUUGGAUUUCUUCAGCCUGUCUCGUCUCCGAAAGCCUCCGGUUUCCAAAAUUGACAAUUACACAGCCCUAUUCCACCGCUCCAGACAUAACGAGAGGGUAGCAAAUUACUUAGAAGCCACCACACAUUUUUUACAGAGAAUAAAUAUGAGAGCUGCUGACAAAUUUGCAAGGCUCUCUCCGUGUUUAUGGACUAACGAAAUAGACCGGCUCGAACUGUGAGGCUUUCUUAAUGGAUUGGUUAUACAACAGAAGUAGCACAGCAUAGUCAUCUGUGGUUAAAAUAUAUAUGAAAGAAGCAUUAGAAGCACCUGUAAUUGUGUUACAGCUCAGUCCAUCUUGUAUCACAUCAGAUAUUUCUUCGGGGGAAAAAAAGAAGAAAAAGAAAUCAAUUAUGUAUGCAACGCUUUUAACCGCGUUUGGUGUAGUUGUGGGCUUGUCUCCAGCCUUUGGUCUCUCGGCUGGGUGCCAUGCAUGGGAACACUGUCAGCAGAUAGAGGAUGCUGUGCCCAUGCUGUGCGAGCUGUCUGUUCUUCUAAUCAAUAAAGUUUUUUUUUCUUCACCAA